AUGCCGGCGGCGGCCGGGGGGCUGCUGUGGUGGAGCUGCUGCGUGCUGGCGGCGGCGGCCGGGGCCCCGCGGGCCGCUGCGGCGGCGCAGGCAGUGUGUGCUGGCACUGAGAACAAGCUGAGCUCCCUGUCUGACCUGGAGCAGCAGUACCGUGCCCUACGCAAGUACUAUGAGAACUGCGAGGUGGUGAUGGGCAACCUGGAGAUCACCAGCAUUGAGCACAACAGGGACCUCUCCUUCCUGAGGUCUAUCCGAGAAGUCACAGGCUACGUGCUGGUGGCUUUGAACCAGUUUGAAUACCUGCCCCUGGAGAACCUGCGCAUCGUCCGCGGGACCAAGCUCUACGAGGAGCGAUACGCUCUGGCCAUAUUCCUUAACUACAGGAAGGAUGGGAACUUUGGGCUCAGGGAACUUGGCUUGAGGAACCUGACGGAGAUACUGAAUGGAGGGGUGUAUGUUGGCCAGAACAAAUUCCUCUGCUUUGCAGACACCAUUCAUUGGCAAGACAUCGUGCGUAACCCCUGGGCCUCCAACUUCACCCUGGUUCCAACCAAUGGCAGCUCAGGAUGUGGUCGCUGCCACAAGUCCUGCACAGGACGGUGCUGGGGACCAACAGAGAAUCACUGCCAGACCUUGACAAAGACGGUGUGUGCAGAGCAGUGUGACGGGCGCUGCUACGGGCCCUACGUCAGCGACUGCUGCCACCGCGAGUGUGCCGGGGGCUGCUCCGGACCCAAGGACACCGACUGCUUUGCCUGUAUGAAUUUCAAUGACAGUGGUGCUUGUGUGACACAGUGCCCCCAGACCUUUGUGUACAACCCCACCACCUUCCAGCUGGAGCACAACCACAAUGCCAAGUACACCUAUGGGGCUUUCUGUGUCAAGAAGUGCCCACACAACUUUGUGGUAGAUUCCAGCUCUUGUGUUCGGGCAUGCCCGAGCUCCAAGAUGGAAGUUGAAGAAAAUGGAAUUAAAAUGUGCAAGCCCUGCACUGAUAUUUGUCCUAAAGCAUGUGAUGGCAUUGGGACAGGGAGUUUGGUGUCAGCACAGACAGUGGAUUCCAGCAACAUUGACAAGUUUGUAAACUGUACCAAGAUCAAUGGCAACCUUAUCUUCCUUGUCACUGGGAUUCAUGGAGACCCGUAUCACACAAUCGCUGCCAUCAAUCCAGAGAAAUUAAACAUCUUCCAAACAGUGAGAGAGAUAACAGGGUAUCUGAACAUACAGUCAUGGCCUGAGAAUAUGACAGACUUCAGGGUGUUUUCUAACUUGGUUACCAUCGGUGGGAGAGCUCUCUAUAGUGGCCUUUCCUUGCUCAUCCUAAAGCAACAAGGCAUCACUUCCCUGCAGUUCCAGUCCUUGAAGCAAAUCAGUGCUGGCAACAUCUACAUCACAGACAACAGUAAUUUGUGUUACUACCACACUGUCAACUGGACCAGCCUCUUCAGCACCCCCAGCCAGAAGACAGUGAUCCACAGGAACAAAAGGGCAGAGAACUGCACUGCUGAUGGGAUGGUGUGCAAUGAGCUGUGCUCCAGUGACGGCUGCUGGGGGCCAGGGCCAGACCAGUGCCUGUCCUGCAAGCGCUUCAUCAGGGGCAGGACCUGCAUCGACUCCUGCAACCUCUACGAUGGGGAAUUCCGAGAAUUUGCCAAUGGAUCUGUCUGUGUGGAGUGUGAUCCCCAGUGUGAGAAGAUGGAGGAGAACAUGAUCACGUGCUACGGGCCGGGACCUGACCACUGCACAAAGUGCUUCCAUUUCAAGGAUGGUCCAAACUGUGUGGAGAAAUGUCCUGAUGGCUUGCAGGGGACCAACAGCUUCAUUUUCAAGUACGCCGAUGAGGACCGGGAGUGCCACCCGUGCCAUCCGAACUGCACCCAAGGGUGUAGAGGCCCCGCUAGUCAUGACUGCAUUUUCUAUCCAUGGACACGGCAGUCCACCCUGCCCCAGCACGCUAGAACACCCCUGAUUGCUGCGGGAGUCAUUGGUGGCCUGUUCAUCAUCGUCAUCAUGGGCCUGACGUUCGCUGUGUACGUGCGGCGCAAGAGCAUCAAGAAGAAGAGAGCGCUGAGAAGGUUCCUGGAGACUGAGCUUGUGGAACCCUUGACCCCGAGCGGCACGGCGCCCAACCAAGCACAGCUCCGCAUCCUGAAGGAGACAGAGCUGAAGAGAGUCAAGGUGCUGGGCUCUGGAGCCUUUGGAACAGUGUACAAGGGGAUCUGGGUUCCUGAAGGUGAAACAGUGAAGAUUCCUGUGGCCAUUAAGAUCCUUAAUGAGACCACUGGUCCAAAAGCCAAUGUGGAGUUCAUGGAUGAAGCUCUCAUCAUGGCCAGCAUGGACCACCCACACCUGGUGAGACUCCUGGGUGUCUGCUUGAGCCCCACCAUUCAGCUGGUCACUCAGCUGAUGCCUCAUGGCUGCCUCCUGGAUUAUGUCCAUGAACACAAGGACAAUAUUGGCUCCCAGCUCCUGCUGAACUGGUGUGUCCAAAUAGCAAAGGGAAUGAUGUACCUGGAAGAGAGGAGACUGGUGCACCGAGACUUGGCAGCCAGAAAUGUCCUGGUGAAAUCACCAAACCACGUGAAAAUCACUGACUUUGGCUUGGCCAGGCUUUUGGAAGGGGAUGAAAAGGAAUAUAAUGCUGAUGGGGGAAAGAUGCCAAUUAAGUGGAUGGCUCUGGAGUGCAUACACUACAGGAAAUUCACUCACCAGAGUGAUGUGUGGAGCUAUGGAGUCACCAUCUGGGAGCUGAUGACCUUUGGAGGGAAGCCAUACGAUGGAAUCCCGACUCGAGAGAUCCCCGACCUCCUGGAGAAGGGCGAGCGGCUGCCCCAGCCCCCAAUCUGCACCAUUGAUGUUUAUAUGGUGAUGGUGAAGUGCUGGAUGAUUGAUGCUGACAGUCGGCCAAAGUUCAAGGAGCUGGCUGCUGAAUUCUCUAGAAUGGCUCGAGACCCUCAGAGAUACCUGGUAAUUCAGGGAGAUGAUCGUAUGAAGCUCCCAAGCCCAAAUGACAGCAAGUUCUUCCAAAAUCUUCUUGAUGAGGAAGACCUGGAAGACAUGAUGGAUGCUGAAGAGUAUCUUGUUCCUCAAGCAUUCAACAUUCCUCCUCCCAUCUACACCUCCAGGACAAGAAUUGAUUCCAACAGGAACCAGUUUGUGUACCGGGAUGGUGGCUACACCACGGAGGUGCCAAUGCCCUACAGGGCUCCAGGCUGCAUCAUUCCAGAGGCCCCAGUUGCUCAAGGGGCUACAGCAGAGAUCUUUGAAGACACCUGCUGCAAUGGCACGAUGCAGAAGCAGGUGGCAACCCUGGCAAAAGAGGACAGCAGCACGCAGAGGUACAGCGCUGACCCCACUGUCUUCAUUCCGGAGCGGGUCGUGCGGGGAGAGCUGGAUGAGGACGGCUACAUGACACCCAUGAGAGACAAACCUAAAACAGACUACCUAAACCCAGUGGAAGAGAACCCGUUUGUUUCCCGGCGGAAGAACGGCGAUCUCCAAGCUGUGGACAACCCAGAGUACCACAGCACUCCCAACGGGCAGCCCAAAGCAGAGGACGAGUACGUGAACGAGCCAUUGUACCUCAACACUUUUGCCAACACCUUGGAAAACGCCGAGUACCUGAAGAACAACUUGCCAGAGAAAGCCAAGAAGGCCUUUGACAACCCAGACUACUGGAACCACAGCCUGCCCCCACGGAGCACCCUCCAGCACCCGGAUUACCUGCAAGAGUACAGCACAAAAUACUUUUACAAACAGAACGGACGGAUCCGGCCCAUAGUGGCAGAGAACCCUGAAUACCUCUCUGAGUUCUCCCUGAAGCCUGGCACUGUGCUGCCCCCCCCGCCCUACAGACACCGGAACACCGUGGUGUAGUGGCUGUGCUCUCACUCAAGUGGAAAGGCAACCCCUUCCAGCUGCCUCACUCGUACUCUCUCACUCCCCCUUCCUCCCUGCCCUUGCCCGUCCUUCCUGCCUCCCUCCCUCUCUCUCUCUCCCAUGAGCUUCCUCUUCUUGCCAGUUCACUCAUUUUUGAUAUUUCUAAGUGAAAGGAUGUCUUGGAGUUGGUUGCAGAUUGGGUUGGGAAGCUGGAAGGAAGGAAGGAAGGAAGGAAAGAGACUGAAAGAAGGAGUGUACAACCUGGCCUUUCCCACUUUUGGCAGAUGCAGGGGGUUGGAUGCCCAGAUUUCCCUGGUGGCACCAGGAAAGGUCAGUGGCAGUGCUGCUGUCGAGCUCGUUCACAGUGCUUCAACCAGACACUGUAGGGAAAGCCACAGAAAGGCUGAUUCUUUCAGCAGGAACUGAUGAGAGUCUGUACAGCAUUCCUGGAAAUCUCCAUGCAAUUUCCAUCAGGGUGAAAAAUGGACAAUUUUUAUAUCCUGUGUGAUAGCGUAGUAAUUGAGAUUGAGAAUCCAAUUUCUUUCUUUAACAGUUUCUAUCCCAGCAACUGGAAAUGGCUAACAUAGCUUUUCAAAAACAUUCAGAUCUUCAUUGUGGCUUUCCAAGAAAUGAUGAUGUGACUCCCACACACAGCUAAACCCUUCUUCUGAGCCACACCGUGAUUUCGUGCCAAUUCCCAGCCACAGAGACUCCUGCUCAGAACUGGUACCUGACAUGACCAUUUUUGUAUGUGUGCCAACACAACAAACACUUUAAACACAAAAUAUCCUUCAGAAGAGAAUAACAAAACCACACCUCCAAUAUGUUCCUUUUGAAGCUAAAAAUCAGGCCAAGAAAUGAAGAUUUGUAUGCCAAAAGCUUUGCUUUCCUGUUUUAUACCUGCUGACUAUAAACAUUUCAAAAGAUUGUCACUAAUUCUUCCCCCUUUUUUCUUCUUCAUGGUCAUGAAGGGAGCUGGGGAUGCUGUCAGGCAACAAGACAGAGAACUGAAGAGUCUGAUGUUCUAUGGGGUGGGGUGGGAAGGGUCCUUUAAACUGGAAGACAGACACUGGACUGGAGAAAAUGCACAUGCGGUUCACUGGAAAGUUAGUUUGCACUUAACCUCUGAUUUUAUUUGAACUGUUUUCUGGAUUUUGAAUGAAGCAAUAUGGAAGUGACCAGCAACAUACAAAAAUAAUAAUUUUAAAUUAAAAAAAAAAAAAAGAAAUAUAAAUUAUUUGUAAAGGAUGACUGUGGAAAUGCCAAAACGAAGCAAAUCAAGUCUUUGGAACAAUGUCUACCACUUCUGAGAGGCCAAUGCAGUGACUGCUUCAGAGAAUACAGUGACAGAGCAGCCAGCUCUUCCUGCUGCUCUGUGAAGGACAGCAGAGCAAGCCCUGGAAAGGAUCAGGAGAGGCAAAUGUCCUGCUCUGGCUUGCAGCACAGUACAGAAUGCCAUUUUUCUAGAAGGAGGAUUACUCUGGCACAGAAGACAGUGCAUAUGAGGUUUGAGAAGUCAAAAUGUGCAUGAUUUGCAGAGCUUUCUGUCAAAAAUGUAAAUAAGUAUGAGUCAGUCUCCUUGCACUUAGUUCUGCUUUUAUCAACCUCAGUUUUUAGGUAACACCCCCCUGACCUGCUCCUUUUGGAAAUCUCUUUCAAACCAGAGUUCUGGACGUUUUUAGUGACCUGGGGCAGAUGGAGCUGGGAAAGGAGGCGUAAGGGCCAGAGACACCAAGGCUUCCCUCAGGCACACCAAAACCGUGUGUCAGAGCAUUUGUGAGCCUGCUUCCCACCAAACUUCUUAAGGAACUGUUAGGUCCCUUUGGAGAUCUGCCUGUCUCUAUCCAUCAAGGCUUUUAAAGGGAAGAAACAAUACCUGGUGUGAAGCAAUCUUGGGUGUGCAACAGUAUUUCAGUUUAUGCACUUGAGCUUUGUUAGAGUUGAGAUCUUUGGGGUUAGCUAACCUGGCAACAAAACCAGCUACAGCCAGUGGUCUGGAAAUGGCAUCACCCUCCUCUAAAUCCCUGCCAUUCCAACAGCUUGCCACCUUUAAUCUUAGGGAAGCAGAGGAAGGCAGUAAGAAACAAGCAAUAGUUACCUGAAGCUUAGAGGCUGUGGGUCAGCUUGACAAAGGUGUGAAGAGAUGUUAAACCUGGGCUGGUUGUUACCCUUGCUGAUGGAAAACAAACAGUGUGUGAUUACAAGGCUGGUUCAGCCAGUGAGCUGUUUGUGCACCAGCUGUGUCCAGGCCAGCUGCAACCAGAUGUGCAUCAAGUACAUAGCUGAAGGUUCUAAAAGCAGCAAGAACAGGCACAGAUCUCUGAGCUGUUUAAAGGAGAUCUUGGGUCAAGAUCUGUGGUGGUAAGACCAAAUGGCAAGCAGACCACUGUCAUGGAUAGAUGGAUAUAAUCCUGCACUGAGGGUGCCUCUGGUAGCUCCUUACCAUCUUAGUGGGACACACAGAGGGUGGCAUGAGGCUCCAGGGAAGGUGUGCCCACAGCAGUGCUCACAGGGUGAUGCACAGGCCAAGGGACAAUGCUGCCAAGCUGCCUGGGGACAGGGAGCAGCACGGGAAUGUGGGUGUCCCAUUCCAGCACAGCAGCUGCCUGCAGUGCCAUAGGUAGGUGGAGAAAGGUUGAUUUGUCCCUGAACAAAUCUUGUGACAGAGUAACUCCUAAUGGAGAAAAAAAAUUAAAAUAAAAUAAAAUGCUGGUGCAGCUCACAUGUUUGAAUUCAGAGAUGAAUUCAGAGAUGAACUCAGAGGCUGCUGGGGCAGAGGCAGGCACACAUCCAGACCCAGGCACUGGGAUGGAGCUGCUCACAGAAGGUGAGGCCUGUUUGUUCCUCUGGUGAUGAAGUAGUGCUCAUGUUAGAAACAAGCCCAUGGAGUAAUCCAAAUGUAAAUACUGGUGGGGUUUAACAGUUUAACAUUUUAUUUCUUACAAGGCUUGAAUUAUUUAUUAAUUUUAUUUGUUGACUGUGGGUGUGCUAUAAUAUAUUAAGUAGCAUGGAAAUGCAGAUGUUCCUGCUAGUGGGGCAGCAAGAAAGCUGGAGCAGGAGCUUGGGCUCUGCCUGGCAGCCAGGAUGAGCCGUGCAGAGCCGUGCUAGUGGGGUUUGGGAUGGCAGAGGCUUAAUGAGCACAGUGACUCAGGAUGAGGGAGAACUCCACACACUGCAGCUUCACAAUUUAUUUUUCUUAUUAUUUCCUGAGCUUCUGGUUUGAAUUGCAGUUGCCAAAACUGGCCCUUGGGUUCCAGGCCGUGCCAGUCACUGCCCCUUGCCCAACAGAUGGGGCUGUGUGGUGCUGUGAACCAACCCAGAGAGCAGCAAUUAUCUGAGCCCUGCCCCUUUCCUCUGGAAGAGAAGUUCUGAGCUUAGCUCUUUGCAACAGAUAGUUUAAUCAUGACUAAAGAGAAAAAAAAAAAAAAAAGGGAAACUGGGAGCAGAACUUUUUGGCUGCUUUAAUCCAAUCGGCAGAAACACAUGGCUGUCCCUGCUGUCCCUGACUCCCAUCUUUGCCUUCCUGGGCAUUGCUGCUGGCUUGGGGAAAGAACUUGGGCAAGUGCACAUGGCAUCCCAUUCAACUGGGAUUCAUAGGGAAUGAAAGAUGAGGCUCUUUAAGGCAUGACGACAGGUCUGGGGGAAAAGCACGUACAUCCACACAAACUGCAUUUUGUCAGCACACACAAGGCUCACAAACAGGUGAGCAAAUCAACAGAAGUACUUGGGGUGUAAUUCACUCUCUAGUGCUCCAGAAGUAUCUGCACACAGCACACUUAGAUUUUAUGGGUUUUAGAAUGCAGUCUCCUGUGCAUAAAUGUUCUCCUUCCUCCUGUCAUGGCCUGUGUGAUGGGAGAGCAGUGACCAACUUUUCAAGAGCACAUUUUUACCUGAGUGUGGAUCAGCUGUUGUCCAAGGCACAAGGAAAGAGAACAGCUUCUUUUUUCCUGAUCUCUUCAGUGUUACUUGUCCUCCCUGUUAUUACCUGAGGGUUACUGCAAGCAGACACUGGGGCUGAGUGACUCACUGUAAUAUAAUUGGCUGAAAACAACUUUUUGCAUUUACUUCUUCAGAUCUUUUCAGAUUUUUCUUUUUCUGCAGAGCAGCCAGGAGGGAUUUUUACAAGACCAUUGGCUUAGAUGUAGCAGAGUAUUUACAGCUGUAUUUCAAACAGGUCACAUCUCUCAGGUAGCAAGAGAUGGAAAUAUAUCUGCAGUAGGAGCCACCACAUAGGUUUGUUUCAGGUACCCUGAAAUCCUCUCCUGUGUACAAAGAAAUGCUGUAUCACCCCUGGAUGUACCACUUAGGUGGCAGAAAAUGUGCUUCUUCAUUGCAAGACUCAUAUGCAAUGAUCUGACACCUGUUUCCACUGAAGAUCUCGCCUCCAAUCCCAGCCCAGAGGGAAGGAAAGUGGCAGCUCUGCAAGAGCAGCUCAGCCCUGACUGUGGUUCCAGCUUUCCCAUAACUUUAGGUGGAGCACAGAGAAAUAUGAGUUGUGAGGUGAGUCAGCCUAGAAAUACAGUUUGGUUUUGGGGAUGGAAAUCAGAUAUUAAAGAAAAAAAUCUCUUUUUUUUGGUCUAAUGGUGUGUGUGUGUGUGUGUAGGUGGUGCACAUCAUGGUGACAGCUAAUGGAAUGAUGGGGUUUGAGCUCCUUUAUUCCAUCUGGGAGAUGAGGAGACUGCCAAAGGCAGAACGAGGCUGUUGGUCAUGCAAUUCCCCAGGAUAGCUGGAAGCAUCCCCAUGAGCUGAGCUUCCCUGGCAGCCCAGGAACCCUGGGCAGGAAUGUCUUUACAGAGGGACAGCAGCCACUGCAGCAGGGACACUCCCAAUGUGCCAGCCCGUCAGGGAGGAAGGAUUGGGACCACCAGAGGUGCUCACGGUUGACUGCUCCUCUCACCCUGCACAGCUGGUGUCCCGGGGCUCCCACUCUGGUUUCCCAAGUGCAUUUCAGAACUGUGGAGCUCAGAUAAGUGCUUACAUGCUUGGAAGGGGGACUGGUGAAACAGAGGCUUUAGAAUGAUGGGAGCCAGGCCUGCAGUUUUCAGUCACUUCUUUGGCUCUGAGAGGGGACAAUGUCACCUCGAUUUGCCUUUGGCAAGGUUUCUUCAAAAGGUGGUGGCACAUGAAGUCUUUGCACCUGCUUAUUUCCAGCUGUCACUUGCUAAAGUCUCACUCCUGUGUAUCUUCAGCCUCUGCUGACAAAACAGCUCAUCUGUGGUCAUGUAAAAAUCAUGGAUUUGGGUUCAGAUAGUUUUUCAGAAAGCCAGGGCUGGGUGGGGUCGGGUGGCUGACUGCAGUGCUUACAUUCCAUCAAGCAGGGAGCUGCAGUUGUCCCACAGGGCAGCCUCAGUGAAGCACCACUGUGUGUGCAGGAUUCCCUCUCUUUUAUUUUCUGCCUGUUGCUGAGCAUUUGUUAUAAAGGUGGAAAAGGUCUAUUACAAAUGGGGCUUUCAGACUGGGAACAAAUAACAAAAAUAAAGCUAUGUGGUUGGAAGCACCACUCUAAAAUGUCCAAAAAUCACGUCUCCAUGUUAGUUUUAAUGUUAUUUUAGCACAGUUUUAUUUUACCACUGUGUGGAACAGUGGUUUGUUCUGAUGGUAGGCUCCUUGCUCUUGAGGAAAUCACAGGCAGGUGAGGCUGGAUCAGGAUCUGCCUGUAAGUUUGGACAAUGCAGAGCACUUUGUAGAGAACUUUGUGAAUGUUCAGGUCUGACUGAUGGUGGUGGGACUCAGUGGGGCUUGAACUGUAGCCAGAGGGACACCCUCUGCCCAGGGCACUCUCCAGCUGAGGUCUGGGGAUGGUUUGAGGGGGAAGCCAAGUAGGAUAUAAGAGGAAUCAAAGCUGUUUUCUUUUUUAUUAUUUAAUUUUAGAAGUGAGCUUUGUGGACCCUGGAAGAGAGCGGUUUUAAGGGGAGUUUUGUAAGGUGUUAGGCAGUGUGAGUAGUUCUGUCCCAGUUCUUCUCUCCUCACCAAUAAAAAAGCCAUGAAAUCACGCUCCAGUGGUGUUGUGGAUGAACCCUCAGGGGUGCAGGUGCAUCCUGCCCAGCACCCUGGGGCUGCUGGCUCAGGCAUGACCAGGGCCACAAGUACACAGAGCCAUCACUGAGCGCUGUUUGCCGCAGUCUGGUCCCCAGCCCAACCUCUGAGCUCUCCUAGGGGGGAAACACUGUAUUGUCCAUAGCACUCUGAAGACUAAACCCUUUUGGGAUAACCACAGUAGGGAACUGUGACUGGUAUUUUCUAAGUGUAGAUAUGUAUGCCGUUCUUUCGAGGUAAGGUACUCUGACAUAUGUAGCAUAAACUGGUCCUGCUGUUAAAUGGGUCGAUUAUUAACUGAGCAGCUGUGUAGGGGGUAGCUAACUUUGAAUGCAUGAAAUCACUGUUCCUCUGGACAUGGGAUGGGGAGUAGCUACUGGCUGCUUGUGGGGGUACUUAUGGUGGGGCAAUGCAAGAGGAAAAUGCGGGUGAAUGAGAAAACUGGUAAUUUUUAAUGGCAUUUUAAAGAUGCAAAUUGGUACCCAUUUGAUACAUUAUUCACAAUGAUUUUAAUCCCUUCUUUUGCCCAGUUUUUGCUACUUCCCCAAUAUUGUAAGCUGGAAUUGCUCCAUAGGUAUCAGUCCUUGUAGAGGGAAGGGAAACUGAGGGGAAAAGAAGUCUCUUUCUAAGAACAGAGAUAGCCAAAUUUUAUUUCCUGACCUGGUGGUCCUGGACCACUGACUUCUCAGAUGAGGCUCAAAUUCAGGCCUGGGGUGUGACAUUACUGUCCCCUUGGAGUGAAAGACUCCCACCUGGCAGGUGACAUCGGGGCAGCUCUGAGCUCCUGGUGACUCCUGAGCAUGGCCCAGCCCAGAGGAACCCGCAGCACGGGUGGGGUGGGCUGGGUUUCUGUCAAUCCUCCGAGUUCUGGAAGAGCCACAACAUAAACCAACAAUACUUCUGCCUUAUGAAGUACCUUCAGAAGAAGAGAAAUGUCAGCAUGUUGGGGAAGACACUCAUUUCUUGCAAAGUGAUGCAUUCAGAGUUAGCUGCCUUUCUGGAACAAAAAUAAAAAAGAAAUUCAAUACCUACUGUAUGUUACUUUGAAAAUGUGAAUAGUAUUUUUAUAGCUUGUUAAAGACACAGCUAGUUGCAUUUGUAAAUAAGGAUAAUGUUGCUUUUAUUUUCCUUGUGGACACCAUUGUUUGGAACAUAAUUGUCCUUAGGGUUGAUUUGUAUAUAGGUAAUUUGCUUGUGAUUUCAGCCGCUCCUCCCCUUUCCUUUCUCCCCCUCCCCACCCUCUGGUUUUGGUUAGAAGUACCAUUUUCAGCAUUCUGUGUGAUUCUGUGUUUUAGCACUGUUGUGGUGUGUUCAGACUUUCUGCACUUGCUUACACAGUAGGGUAUGCCAAUCGUGUGUGGCGUAAUGUUACUUUAACCUUUCGUUUCUCAUAUUUUAGCUGUUGGGAAUUAUACACUGUUAAAAUACUUACUGACCUGGGUUAAUAUUAGGUACAUACUUUAGCAUAAUUUCCCUUCUUUUCAUGGUUUCUCGGGUUUUUUCUUUUUUUUUUUUCUUUCCUUUCCCUUCCCUUUUGUCUUGUUUGGAAGCUGGGAAGAAACCUCUGGAUCUUCUCUUUGUGUGGUUCUAUUCCCCACUCCCGUGUGCAGCCCGGAGUUUCUCCUCAUGGUCCUUGGGGUAGAGCUUUAUCUGUUUGUUAAGGCAAAUGUAGACUGCGACCCACCUUGCAUCAACCCACGCUCAUCCCAGCUGAACAAUUUGAAAACUGUUCUGCCUUUUUGUUACAUGAAUCUGUCAGAAAUAUAUUUUUAAUUUAAUAUAAAUGAAAUUCAAUAAAAUAUGAAACAAA